AUGAAAUGCGCGUGGAGGUCGAAGCGGUCGGCGGCGGCGGCCAGAUGCUGCUACGUAGAAGCCGCCGCCGCCGCGGCCGCCGCUUCUGGCGGCGAGAGGGCGCGCGCGCUCGGCGCUCGACCUUGCUCGUCCUUGCGCCGCGAUAAGCGGAGCCCGGGGUCUCGUGGAAACUUGACGCGGGGUCGGGACCCCGCUAUCGCGCCUUUUAAUCGGCCGCCGCGGCGCCGCAGUCUCACUCUCCGCUUGCACUUCCUCGCGGCCGCCCACACCCGCUCACACCCGCGUGCCCACUUCACGAUACGCGAUCCGCGAAGUGUUCGAACGGUCGCUCGCUCGCUCGCUCGC